AUGCCGAACCGACCAACCAAAACCAAACCCACCACAAAACGCGCCACCCAGCCCCGCCGCAAAGACCGCCACCUGAAGGUUGACGGCCGCGACCGCCGUGUCCGACUCCCAGCCGUUUGCGCCGCUCGCAUCUUUCAACUCACUCGCGAGCUCGGCCUCGCCUCCGAUGGCCAGACCGUCGAGUGGCUCCUCCGCCACUUUCAGAACACUCGCUUCCCCUCCUCGGUUUCUUCUACUUCAACUCAAAUCCCAUCUGGGUCUGCUUCUGCUACCCCUGCUUCGAUCAGUUUCAAUGUUCCGGCUCAGGCCACCGUCUCUCCGGCAAUUGGGUCCACCUCUGGCUCUGUUGAUUCUCCCUCUUUCGGAGGUCUGAAUUUGACAAUGGGGAUCACCAGGAGCCCAUCAGUGGAGAUCAACAGCAGGGAGAUCAACAAUGGUGGAAGUGGUGGUUCGCUGGGGUUGCUUCCUGGAGGAGAUAUGUCUUUCACUUCGUUGCCGACGAAGGUGGAGGAGAAGGCCGACAAGGGCACCAUGAUCUUUGGUUGCCGUUUGUUCUGA